UGUCCCUGUAGAGCCGGAUCCCUGCGGUACCUCUAGGCUCCAAAAAAAAAAAACAAAACCCAAAAAACCCCCGAAGCGUGCUAGAUUUGGAGCUUGGGGUUGCAGGACCUUCCCUUGGGCUGGUUGUGGGGUUCCCUGUGUCACACACCCCCCCACACACCCCGUGGGUGCCCACGUCCCGUGGCCGGCCCGGAGCGGUGCUGACCCCGGGCCCGGAGCUUUGCGGGAGGUUACGGAGGCGCAAAACCCCGCGGCCGCCCCCGCUCCCCCCCCCUCCACCCCCGGCGGCUCCGGGCAGCGGCGGCAGCGGGGGCAGCGGGCCAUGAUCGCCGUCUCCAUCCCGGCGGCGGAGCCCCAGGCGGCGGCGCGCAGCCCCGACAAGGCGCACACGCUUAGGGGUCAGGUAGGGGCUUGGUGACCCCUGCCCUCCCCUGGGAGGAUGAUGAAGAUGAGGCCGAGGAUGAAGGCUGCUGACCCAUGGCACAGGUGUUCAGGGUGGAGGUGCUCUGCAAUGGCCGGCGGCACACGGUGGUGAAGCGCUACAGCGAGUUCCAGGCACUGCACAAGCGGAUCAAGAAGACCUGCAAGGUCCCCGACUUCCCCCCACGCCGUGUCCCCAACUGGAUGCCCAAAGUGCUGGAGCAGCGUCGACAGGGCCUGGAGCUUUAUAUCCAGGGUGUCCUGUACCACAACGAGGAGCUUCCCCAGGACGUGCUGGACUUCCUGAAGGUGCGGCAUUGCCAGCAGGACCCCAAGGCCAGCAGCCCCCCCGCCAGCCGCCUGCCCUCCCAGCGCCCCGUCAUCGGCUUCUGCACCGACCCCUACGUGCGACCACCAGGCAGCGAGCUGCUCCCCAACACCGUGCUCAGCGGGGUGCUGCAGGGCCUCUACCUCCCGCUGCACUGCACCCCCUGCCACGCAGUGCCCCGAGCCCCCAGCCCACUGGGGUCCUGAGCACCCCACCAGCACCCAGUGCCGCAGCGGUGAGGGCAGCGGGAAGGAUCCCUGUGGUAAAAACAUCUCCUCCCCGCUGGGAUGGGGCAGGAAAAGCAUGUGAGAGGAGGCAAGGGGUGCAGCAGGAGCUGCAGCUGCUCUCCCAACCACCCUCCAAAGUGCCUUUGCUGGGAGAACAGGAGCUCUGCCUUCUGCCCUGAGGGUUCGGGGUUGCGGAAGGAGCCUUUGGGCCCUAGAUUGUGCUGGAAAACCCCUCAGCCUCCGGGCUUCGGUGCAAUAAAUCACUUGGGUUUGAUUGGCAAAA